CUGGCCGUUUCCGGAAGCCGGCAGCCGCCCCAGUCCGCAGACGGGUGGUUGCGACAGGGGAGUUGUAAAGGCAGUGUCUGGCGGUUCCGGGCGUUUGGCCCUGACUCGGAGCGGUGGGAAGAGAAAAUGGCCCUGCUGUGCUACAACCGAGGCUGCGGCCAGCGCUUCGAUCCUGAGACCAAUUCCGAUGACGCUUGCACAUACCACCCAGGCGUUCCAGUCUUUCAUGAUGCAUUAAAGGGUUGGUCUUGCUGUAAGAGAAGAACAACUGAUUUUUCUGAUUUUUUAAGCAUUGCAGGCUGUACGAAAGGAAGGCAUAAUAGUGAGAAGCCACCCGAGCCAGUCAAACCUGAAGUCAAGACUACUGAGAAGAAAGAACUAUCUGAAUUGAAACCCAAAUUUCAGGAGCAUAUCAUUCAAGCCCCUAAACCGAUAGAAGCAAUAAAAAGGCCAAGCCCGGAUGAACCAAUGACAAAUUUGGAAUUAAAAAUAUCCGCCUCCCUAAAACAAGCACUUGAUAAACUUAAACUAUCAUCGGGGAAUGAAGAAAAUAAGAAAGAAGAAGACAGUGAUGAAAUUAAGAUUGGAACCUCAUGUAAAAAUGGAGGGUGUUCAAAGACAUAUCAGGGUCCACAGAGUCUAGAAGAAGUCUGUGUAUAUCAUUCUGGAGUACCUAUUUUCCAUGAAGGGAUGAAAUACUGGAGCUGUUGUAGAAGAAAAACUUCUGAUUUUAAUACAUUCUUAGCCCAAGAGGGCUGUACAACAGGGAAACACACGUGGACUAAAAAGGACGCUGGGAAAAAGGUUGUUCCGUGUAGACAUGACUGGCAUCAGACUGGGGGUGAAGUCACAAUUUCAGUAUAUGCUAAAAAUUCACUUCCGGAACUUAGUCAAGUAGUAGCAAAUAGUACAUUGUUAAAUGUGCACAUUGUAUUUGAAGGAGAGAAGGAAUUUCAUCAAAAUGUGAAAUUAUGGGGUGUGAUUGAUGUAAAGCGAAGUUAUGUAACUAUGACUGCAACAAAGAUUGAAAUUACCAUGAGAAAAGCUGAACCUAUGCAAUGGGCAAGCCUUGAACUGCCUGCAGCCAAAAACCAGGAAAAACAAAAAGAAGAUACAACAGAAUGAGUUGAGAAGGAAAAGAAAGUUAUUGACUAUUUCAAAAUUCUUAAUAUGUGGUGAAGUGGUGGCUUGCUGCUGUACUCUUGUUUUCUUGUUGUUGUUGAUGAAUCUGGCGUUUCAGGGUCUACAGUAGGUCCAAGCCAAAGUCAGUUUAUCUUUCUGUGCCUCCCGUAUCCCUUUUGAGUUACCUAAGACUGAUUAUUCAUUUCUCCUCACUAAUAGAACUGUAGUUGUGUCUUAUACUUGAAGCAGCUAGAAAAUAGCUCACAACAGUUACAGCAUUUCGUAGUAUAUUAUGUUAAUCAGAGAAAUGUAAAGAAACAUUUGUUUUUACCAUUUCUUUCUUUUAUCCUGUAAUUAGUAAAGCAAGAUGGAAUGUCAAAUUUUUAAA